AGACGACGGGCACGCAGGCCAGUUACAUCGGUACCGCUCUUGCGCAGUUUACGUGUACCGUGUGUUCUUCAUCAACUGUGAAGACCACGAACUAAUGUUUUUAUUAUACUUGUUAUCUUUUUUGGUCUUUUGAGUGUGUACAUUGGAUAUCUGAUCAUCGUUUAAAGGUAUACUAAUUUUGAGAAAAACGUUUACCUAUGGCAAGGUGAAAAUAGUUCAAUUUAAAGCCAUGACCAAUACUUUGUCAAAGAAACCAUCCCAUUUAGACGGAAUACUCCUCCGUCAUUACAUGGGAGGUUUGCACAAGCGGUAGCACAAGUUAAAUUAAAAUAGGCAUGGCAGCUUUUAUUGGUAUAGGAGUGAUGAGGCAAUUGCUAUUUCGUCUAAUAUUUUGGGCUGCAAUAUUGUUAUGUUUUACGCAGCUAUUGAUAACUUUUUGGAAAUCUGACAAGUCGAUAGCUAUUAAAUCUGGAACUGCCAACGCCGGUAUGUUAUUCCAAAAUUACAUGUUAGAUAUUCAUGGUGUUCGGACCACAACGCCACCUUAUGAAAGUCUCCUGACAUUAGAACCUUGGAUAGAUAAGUUAUCGUUGCAGUCUGAACAACUUAUCAUGGAUCAGGUGCAAAAACGAUUGCCCAAUUUACCGGUUAGUUAUUGGAAUCAAAAUAAAAAUAAAGCCAUGUUCUACAAAAACGAAAGUUGCGCAAAAUUUCCUAGCAUUUACGAUCUUGAAUUCAAUAACGUUUACUGGCAAUCACUGCAAACAUCUAACGGAACAUUCUACUUAUACAGCGCUUAUUAUGAUGUUCGAAAACUAAGUAAAAUUGGACCAGCCAUUCGGAUACUAGGAAUGAUUAAUAGAAUUGAACCCGUAGUGAAGACCCAUUGCCAAUUGUGGUUUGAUGGGCUUAGACAACCAGUAAUUGUCAAGACAAUGGAGUACAAAUACAUAUGGUAUAAAAAAUGGGGUAACUAUAAGCAAGGUAUAUUCCAACCAUACCUGAUUGCUUGUCAGAUACCUAAAUCACACCAUCGAAUGGUACCCGCUUCAGUGUCAUUAGUGGAAAAUGUGUGUGAUAAAGCUACAAACAAUUUACGAGUGGUCUACGAUCGUCAAACUACUAAGAAGGGAUUUGCAGUGUGCGUUAAGGGACUAGACUUUUUAUACGAGGAUUUGUCUGUUAGGCUUAUCGAGUGGAUUGAACUUCUGCACUUGCUUGGUGCUGAAAAAAUAUUUUUUUAUCAAUUACAAGUCCAUCCCAACAUUAGUAAAGUUUUAAAUUAUUAUGAAACUACCGGAAAAGUACACGUGACACCACUGACAUUACCUGGUGGUCAACCAAACGUGCCUGGGUUUCAACAUCUUUACCUCACUAAAAAAGUGAACCACAAGCGACAGAACGAACUUAUACCAUACAACGACUGCCUAUACAGAAAUCUGUACACGUAUGAAUACAUUGCUUUACUUGACAUUGAUGAAGUUAUAAUGCCUCUUAAAUCAACAACGUGGAGACAAUUGAUGAAUACAGUACUUCCAAAAGCAUUAGCUAUCCGCAACGAAACUAGGGCAUCAUACAAUGUUCGCAAUGUAUACUUUCUUGACGAUCUCAUACAUACACAUGGUUGGUUUAAAACUAUACCUAAGUACAUGCAUAUGAUGCAGCACGUGUAUCGUAGUAAGAACUACACAAAGCCUAAUCAAUAUGUUAAAUGCUUUCAUAACCCUGAACGGGCGCUCACUUUACAUAAUCACUUCCCACUGGCGUGUUUAAGUCAGGGUUGCACUUCUUACGCUAUAGAGACUUCCGAUGCUCAGCUUCAACACUAUCGAGCUGAUUGUGUUAAGACGCUUAAAAAGACUUGUACUGAAUUUCGUCAAAAUAGUGUCAUUGAUACUACCAUAUGGAGGUACAAAAACAAGCUAGUUUCGAGAGUUUCCAAUACUUUAUCGUCAUUGGGUUUUUUCCCUGCAGUAUGAUUCACUAUAUUCACAUACAUUCAUUUGAAUCAAUAAAACGAAUGUAAUACAUUACUGUGACUUUUUGAAAAUAAAAACAUAAAGGUUAUUAAAAUUAAUUAAUAAAAAUUAAAGUCUGAAAUGUUUGUGAUAAAGUUACUGCUCAUAACUUCAAAAUAUAGUUCAAAAUUAUAAAAACUAAUAAUUACUAAUCAAAAGCUUUUUAAGCGAUAGUCAUAAAUGUAGUAAUAUUUUUGAUUUUAAUUGAAUAAGAGGACAUAUUUUUUAUCAUAAUAAACUCGGUUAUUUCUGGUUAAUGAUACUGAUUUUGUUACUUCACAAAAACAUUUUAAUGCGAUUAACAAAAUAUAGUAAUAAUAUUCCAAAUUUCUACCAUUCAAAUACCUUUCUAAAUUUUACCUAAUUCAAAUUGCAUAAAAGUAAUUUUUGUGGAAACAUUAAUUAUUAUCAUUUUACUAAUACUUAGAUAAUGUUCAUUAUUGUCAACUAUAAUCAAAAAAAAAAUUUUACUUAACCCUAAUUUGUUCUACAAUUUAAUUUUUACAUCA